UCACGUGCGCAUCGCCUUGUCAAAGUCCAAAUUAGGUCAUGAACGACUCCACUCGGAACUAGUCCUUGUCUUGGACAGUGCUGCACAACUCCGCUUCUGUCAUGCACAAUUUCUUUCCCUCUGCAUCUUUCGCAGACCCUUAAAGAUAUACUCAACCCAACGGAAUACCAAUCAUACCCACACCCAUCACUGGACCGCUGUCCCACAGAAAUCUUGGGGGAAAUAUUUUCAUACGCCUGCACGGACAAUGGCUACACCGGCCGCUCGCUCUCUCUGGUCUCCAAAUUCGUGCGGGAAACGUCGCAAAUGAGUAGACUGCAAUCGAUCUCUAUCAUUGGCUACGAGCAGCUCGUGGCGUUCGCGGCUGCAUUGGAGCGGACGCCGCCCAGCCUUCGCAGGGUGCGGUAUAUCUUUAUAUCUGCUCAUGCUCGCUCGACGGCGGAAAAUCCCAAGGCUAUCACUUCCGAGUAUUCGCGACGAGCCAAAGCUUACGCUGCCUUUGAGCGGAUCCUUCAGUAUAUAACCGGGACUGUCGAGGUCCUGCAUGCUUUUUUCAUUUUCUACCGCCCGUUCCCACUAUUACCCGUCAACCUCCCACUGCUUCGCGAACUGACGCUGUACGGUUCGCUCGACGGCUUCCCCGACGUUGAUGAAAGCCUCCAGUUCCCAUGUCUUCGCCAUCUAUAUCUCUCCCCGCUCUCCUCACCUUGCUACCUUACAUGCCAGAUCUCAAAGCUCACGCCAGGCCUCGUCAACCUGCGCUUAGCAGCUCCGGAGCAUUCACAGUCGUUUGUUCCCGAACUGGAGCAGAUCUUGCAGGAGCUGGAGGAAGAGUCGGCUUUGAAGCUGCGAAAAGUUUUCGUGCAUUGUCCCUUGAAGCCGCAGGAUAACUGGUUGAAUAUGAUGGACCUGUAUGAGGAGACGAUGGCGUCGUUGAAGCGUCUUUAUUCCCGACAUCAGCAGCGCUUGGUGUUGUUAUCUCCUUUGCGGAUGGGUCUCUUUCGUACAGUAACUAUACAAGACGCGGAGGUGGCAUGGUCAGAAAGUAUAUCCGGGCAUUGCUGGUGGUAAGAGCCGCAGGCAUCCGGCUCCAUCACUUGUAGUGGGCUCUAAGGGGCUGA